AAAAGUUGUAUAUAAGAGCUGCUGCUCCUCCUGUUCAGUACCCACUCAGGGAGGCUGAAUCUACACUGAGAAGGAAGAAGCAUCGUCUCAUCCACGUCACCAUGAAGCUGCUGGCUGUGUCUGCUCUGGUCUGUGCCGUGGUGGUUCUGACCAACGCUGCUGCGUACCGUGAUCUGUUCAAGAGGCAUUUUGGGAAGUGGACCGUGGUUGGGAAUCAUCAGUGCCUCUAUGUUGACCAUCCCCAAACCUGGUCUCAAGCUGAGCAAAACUGCCACCAGCUGGGAGGUCAUCUGGCAUCUGUGCAUUCACACCUUGAAAACCAUCAGAUCACACUGCUGGUGACCAGAAUGACUGGUGGGAAUCCCCAUGUUUGGCUGGGAGGCUCUGACCAGCAUCGGGAAGGUAACUGGGGCUGGAACGAUGGAUCUUUCAUGAACUUCAAAAACUGGUGCCCUGGAGAGCCAAACAACUACGGCGGCAAGGAAGACUGUCUGCAGACAAAAUACAUCUCUGGCCAAUGCUGGAAUGAUCUUACCUGCAGCACUCUUCUUCCCUCCGUCUGCUGCAAGCAAAAGUAACUGUAAACAUGAGCCAACGCCAUGAAGGACGGUGAAGAAGCACCAACACUGGUGGAAAUGUUACACUGCAGUCUAAUUUGACCCUGAGCUCUAUAUCUGAUCCUUCUCUCUACUUUUCUUUUCUAUCGCUGUAACGCUGACAAGGAAUGAAGCGACAAGUGACAUCAACACAAGCUGGAUGGUCUCUGAGGGCCCCGACGAGAUCAGACUGGACGGGUUAUAGAAAGGAUGCUUCACGCCAAAAUUUUCCCUCUUUAUUCUAUUGAUCUUUCUGACUGUGCAAAAUUUAAAAAAAAGCUUCAAGCAUUCACAAAGACAACAGACUGUGUCAUG